AUGCCAAAGAAGAUAGAUUUGUUUAAUGAUAUUAUUUCACAAACUACUACUCCAGCGGCGCCGAAGUGCCAAUGCCUGCCACCUUCCACUCCAACCACCCCUCCCAACUGUAUUCCGUAUGACUCCCGACUCCAGGCGGCAAGUCUCGAAGAAGCCAUCGUCGCGUUUCCAGAUCUCACCAUAACUCGACAGGAGAAAACACAGUCAGCGAUGCAGACAGCGACACUCAACAACUGCAAAACCAAGCAGUGUCGGGAUUGCUAUAAGGACUUGAGAAGUCAACUUCGAAAAGUGGGUCUUCUCCCUGGAACCAUCGACCAAGUCUUCCAUAACCAACGGAACUUCACGACGUGCCAGAAGUACAGAUUUGCAAGACAGGAUAAGGGAGUUUAUGAGAAAAAGAAGAAAGCCAAACAACACUAUGAUUGGGAUUAUGCGGAUUAUGAUAAUGACGAUUCGGAUUAUUUCUGGGACGGAAUACUUUGGAGGGAGAAGGAUAACAAGUUGAGGAACAGGAUCAAGAGGGAUGUGGAGGCGACGACGGCCAUCUCGCAGCCGCCUAACAGUUCUGCGCUGAACUCCACUGGUAUUAUAGGCAUCCGAUUUCCGAUCUCUUGCACAACUCGCGGCAUCACCCCAGACGGUCUGGGCACUGUCUCAUUAUGCAGUACGUGUUGGGUGUGGCGACGUCUUCCGAGUACCUACUAUCCGGCGUAUCUCAACGAAGUGGUGUGCGAUUAUGCGGACACAUCGUGUCUUAGUGGAUACGCGUCAUGCCAAACUGGAACCCAACAGCUGAAUGUGUUGCGUAAUGAUAGUGGAAAGCUGGUGCCGGUCUCGGUAUCGGCUGGCAUCAAUUGUGAAUGUCGAUUGAGUGUUGGGUCGUCGUUGGAGUCACUGGUGCUCGGGAAGGGAACGUCUUCAGCGAUGCCGCCCGUUGGCGGGACAUCAAGUACAAAUGCGCCACCGCCGACAAGUACAACAAGCCAUCCGUAG